AAGCCGAGACAAGGGCACAAACUGCUGUACACACCGCACAUACCAACGAUGGUGGGUGUCGAAGAACUGGCGAGGAAGAAAAGAGGGUCAAGGUCACUACCAAAAUCCUCCGAGAACCACGUCAUGGCUGCCGAGCCCGAGGAAACUACCUUGACAGAUGCAACCAGGGUGAUCUCGGCAAGGGAUGCCCCUUCCCUGGCUGUCUUCUUCAGGAAUCUCUUCGGCCCAGCGGCCUCGCGCGCAGGUCCCCAACACGUUUGUCUCAAGCGGGCUUUCGCUCUCCUCGAGAGCCGUUGGAGUCUGGAUGCCGAGGAGGGAGCCUACCAGUUGCCCACGACCGGUUUCCACAAACCUCAUGUCCCGUUUGGCGAGUCCUUCCUCUCGCCGGAGGUGUUCGUGAGCGUUGUGGCGUUCUUGGAAAUGCCCCAGACGGUGCAGAGCGCGCGAACUUCAAAGGCGUGGUGGCGCAAUGGUGCAGUCCCUAUCUUACUACACAGCUGCUAGAGGCCAGGCAUGGACCAAGAGCUUACUCGUCCACGACAUGGUUGUUGCCCUACGCGGAACGCCGUCGUAUGUUGGCACGGAAGCAUAUCUGUGUGUGGCGUUCAUCGUCGUACUUCCCAUGUAUCAGGCCAGCUUCCUUUCCGAGCAGUUAUUUCCCGGCGAAGGCCGUCUUUAUCUUUGCUUGUUUCAUCCACGUGCGUGCAAUGUAGUGGACCACAAUGCUUGGUGUCUCUCCUCCAGGUUUGUGCAGGUCUUUCGUAGCAGACAGGCAGAAGAAGCAUUGGCAACAAGCAGUGUUCCUUUUGCGUUCGUUGGUAGAGGACUGACUGGAUGCCGCGGUUGGUUGCGUUAUUUGAAAGCGACGAUUCAUUCCAUUCGUCGAACUUGAGGCACAACGUACGGGUGCGGACGUCACCAGGACAGGACCCUAUCGUGGUCGCCUGAGGCCGACAGCAUCAACAUCCGUAUAUUUUGUUGUAUGACACCUCGUGUUCAUGCUACAGCGUCAUGCCUCAUGUGCCAUCCUCUCAAUGAUCUGGUUUCAUGUAUCGGGCAAAUGUCAUACAUGUCAUGCGCAGAAAGCCAUUGGGAUUCCCAAGACGAAUGGUCCACCGUCUCUCGCGCAAAACAACGUGGACCCCUACCUCUCACGUUCACGAACAGGGAGACAUAAGACAAACGAAUACAACUCACACGACCCUAACUGCACCAGGUAAACAAACACACACGACGGUAAAACACUUCCCUCGACAAAAGCAAGAACGAGUAUGUACGCUGACGCACACCAGCAAAACAUCGUCUAUCGUUCUCCACACACUCGUCCACCCACCCUCUCCUCAACCAUCUACACGAAAUCAGGUGCAUGACCAACCAAACAACUUUGGUGAACAAGCACGAACCUCAACAACCGAUUACCGAGACCAUCCGUACACUCCUCUCUUUCACCCACCUCGCUGCCAACCCUACUCCUGUUCAUCCCCGGCCCCUCCUCCGUACAAUUCCGCCAUCCUAGCGUGGUGCUCCCUGCUGGUCAAUCUCGCCGCAAGGGCACGCACCCAAACAUGCUGGGCCUCCACCGACUCCGCGCGAAUGACGAGCGUGCCCGUUUCGGCCGGGUUGUGGAAGACCACCAACGCCACCGCGUCCCGUUCGUUGGUCGCGUCUUCGCCCUUCCCCCCCCCACCGCCGCCGCCCCCAGCCCCUGCGCCGCCGACCCCGCCGCCCGCCCUGCCCCAAGGCGUGAAGGGGGGCGUCACCAGCGCCACCCUACUCGGAUCAAGCUGCACGGACUCCUUCACCCUGGUCUUGGUGCGCGUGCGGAACAGCGUAAACCGUGUCGCGUCCAGAACGCACCAGCGCUUGCGGACUUUGGGGGCUCCGUGUGCCCUUGCUCUGAUGGCCAUGGCGGCCCGGGAGAUGCCCCCGCCGCCACCUCCGCC